UGAGCCCGUCCCCAUCUCGUCUCCCCAGCAUUCAUUGCGACGCUCGAACGGAAGAGAAACGAAACACUUCGAGCCGAAGCAACAAAAAUUAAGGUUCCCGAGGUUAUAUUGGGGAUUUUGCUUUGGAGCCAUGAGCAAGCAGCCGCUGAUAUAUAGUUUUGUGGCCAAAGGCGCUGUGGUGCUUGCCGAGCACACUACAUUUUCUAGGAAUUUCAGUACUAUUGCUGUCCAGUGCUUGCAGAAGUUGCCUCGAAAUAGCAUCAAAGUCAUGAUAAGAUAGGAGAAGAAAGACAUCCAUUGAUCAUAUUAAAAUAAGAUCAAUUGAUCAUACUACUAAAGCAUCUAUCUCGCAUCAAAGUCACAGAUGUUCACUUCAAAUUUUUUACUUUACCUUAGCUUGUAGGAUUUAAUAGUGGUUCCCUCUAUACCUGCUACUAUACCAUCAAAUCAUUUGUAAAGUCAAAUUUAUUCAUCAUAAGAUAAUAUUUUGUUUUCUGGAUGAAAGGGCAUAUUGGAAAAGAUAGCUUCAUAAAUUAACUAAACAAAUCAUUUUAGUUAUUUUUAAGUGCUAAACAUUUUGUGUUAAAAAAAACUCAUUUUAUACAAAUGCUCAGUUGUCUAUUCCGUGUUAAAUGCUUUUCGUUGAUUGUAAAGCUUGACAUAGAAUGCCUUCACAUGAAAUAUAUUAUCUGAACUUGGGUACACAUUCCAACUUGUUACCUCGGCGUCUGUCGCAGUGCCACAAUCAUGAAUGGCAGCGUGUGUCCACUAAGUCUGAUCACAGCAAAUUAUCCAAAUUUACAAAACUGAAUUUGUUUCAUCAGUAAUAUCAAGUUUAGGGAUUUUGUAAGGAGACUGCCUAUCUUUAGUAUGCCAAUGCCCAAUGUGACUUUUGUUUCAAUUGUUUCUUGGUUUAUUGACAAGUCAUUAAAAACAUCAUUGCUGCUCUAAUUGUUUGAAGAAUCCUCUAUGAAAUGUUUGUAAGUGGAUGUAAUAUGAAAGAAUGCAAUUACAGAAUGUUAACUAACCUACAAAGAUAUAAAAUGAAGCUAUUUGUUCAUGUAAUUUAAAGGGCUUGCCUGUUCUUAUCCCCUUGUUUUGUGUGUGUAGUAGGUAGCAAUGUGUUGGACUCCCACUUCAGGGCUUCUUCACAGUCAAUCAUGUUUUUCAAUCUCUUUCUAUGGUUCAGAAAAUCUCUAGGCUAAAUGCAAAUUUGACCUGAAAACAAGCUAUUGCAAUUCUUCCAUAUUUUGGCUAUAUCCAUAUAAAGGAUAGUGAUAAUAAUCGAUGUAUCUUAUAAUUCUUUUAUUUGUGGUGUGCACUAUCCAUUAUUUAUUUGUUUGGUGCUUUACCUACUUCAUUUGUAAAUAUUUUUUAGAUCUUUUUUGUGAAAUAGUAGUUUCUGUAUGCAUAAACCAAAUUUCUGGUUUCAUUUUGAUUAAAUACAGAAUCACUUGCCAAUGCUUGAUUAUCACCAUUUUUGAAAUUGAAUAUGGGAAACUUUCUUUGCAUGCUGGUUUAUUCAUUUGAGUGUUACAUUUGGUUGUUGGGCACUACUGAAUGAAAAAUUUUAGUUGAAAGCCAGAUGUAGCACGACCAUCACUGCUGCCACCACUUCUUAUGGGUCACUUCUAAAAGAUAAAUGUCCUUAGAGAUACGUAUAACAUUUUUUAUUUCAAUAUUUGUCUGUCCGGUUAUUUUAAUUUGAGGACAUUCUUCUGUUUUUGGCUUAAGAAGUGUCUUCCUGCUUCCAGUUAGGAUCUGUUACAACUGGAAUUAUCUGCUGAGUGGAACAUCUGUCAAAUGGAAGAACAAUUUAUUCUCCGUGUUCCCCCAUCUGUAGUAGAACAAAUUGAACGCCUUUUGAAUGAGAAUGCCUCCUCUUCUUUAGAUGGCUCACUGGAUAUAUCCUUUUCAGGAGUAUUAGUUUUAUUUUUCUUUUAUGUAGAGGAUGGACGAAGUGGUACCUUUAUGAUAGGCGAUGAGAGGUUUCCUGCCUCCCUCUUGGAUCUUCCAUGCAUAGUGGAAUCCUAUAAAACCUACGAUGAUAAUGUGUUGAUCAAAACAGCUGAUGUCGGCCAGAUGAUCAUGGUAAGAGACGAAGGUGAUGCUGCUGUUGAAGGGGUUGAAUACAAGCAUGGACUUACUCCUCCAAUGAGAGAUGCUCGUAGACGGCGAUUCCGGAGGGAACCUGAUCUAAAUCCGGAGGUUGUGCAACGGGUUGAGAAAGAUCUGCUGAACAUCAUGUCUGGUGGGACAGUAGAAAGAUUACAUGUCGAAACAGUCGUGCCAGAGGGAGGCAGUCAGCGCAAAAAGAAUGCUCCGGUGGCUGCUCCAAAGCCAGAUGAAGUGCAUGUGAAGAGUGCUGGAGGUGAACCGGAAAGAAGUGAUUCUGAUGAUUCUUUGGAACCCGAAAGCUAGUGCAACAGACACAGUCUGAGUUUGAUGGAUCUUGAUGUAGCUGAGAAAUAUGAUGCAUGGUUUCUGAUGUUCCAAACCCCUUGUUACCCAAACAAGGUUUUGACUUGCCAGUGUCAAAAUCCUUUUUACAUGAGACAUGCCAUUUAAGCCUUGAUAUGUGGUGCCUCUUUGGUUAUAAUAAUAAUACCUGUGACAAA